UUCUGGAGAGACAAGAUGGCGGCGGCCGGAGGAGGAGAGGAGGCAGCAGCGGCCACGGCGGCGGCGGAGCCAGGGGAGGAAGACCGGGUUUUGCCUUCAGAGGUGGAAGUCUUAGAGUCUAUCUACUUGGAUGAGCUACAGGUAUCUAAAGGAAAUGACAGGUCUGACCCCUGGGAAAUCUCCAUCACCUUACAUCCAGCAACUGCAGAUGAUCAGGAUUCUCAGUAUGUCUGCUUUGUUCUUGUCCUGUCUGUGCCGGUUCAGUAUCCAAAUGAAGUGCCAAAAAUAACUAUUCGAAAUCCCCGCGGGCUGUCAGAUGAGCAGAUUGGGAAGAUUUCACAGACACUGCGAAGUCUUACUAAGGCCCGACUUGGUACACCUAUGUUAUAUGAACUUAUAGAGAAGGGAAAGGAAAUCCUCACUGACAACAACAUCCCACAUGGCCAAUGUGUGAUUUGCCUGUAUGGCUUUCAAGAAAAUGAAGCCUUCACUAAGACGCCAUGUUACCAUUACUUCCACUCAUAUUGCCUUGCCAGUUAUACACAGCAUAUGGAAGAGGAGAAAUGUGCACAGAGGAAAGAAAGAUUACAAACAUUGGCUCCUCUGCCAAAAGAGGAAGAUGAUGUGCCAUGUCCUGUGUGCCGGGGGCCUCUGGUGUAUGACCUUGAAACACUGCAAACAGCGCCACCACCUCAACAACCAAUGGAAGUAUAUCAACCUGACACACAGACACUGCUGCACAGAGAGCAGCUACACCUGAUCUAUCAGAGACAACAAGCAAAAGGAGGCAUCAUUAAUCCUGAGGCAGAGCGAAAUCGGUACUUCAUUAGCCUGCAAAAGUCUUCAGGUGACCCUCAAUAUGAGCAUGGAACCAUUACAGAGAAUGCCAUGGAUGCGGAGAAGGAGCUGCCACCAGCAGACUCAGAACAUCCUCAGGGAAUGAUAAACACUGUUCCAGUGAGAAAUGAAUCUGACAAAAUAGCGAGACCGCCUAUUACCUUCCAUCACCACAGCAAGAGAGAGAGGACACGAGGGGAGAAGUCAUCUUUGCGAGGCCCUGGCUUGCAAUUGCACUUCAAGACUGUGGAGAUGCCAGAAGAAAUGCGUACCAGUGUUGAAGGAGAAUCCAGAGCCUUUAGUAGAAGACCUAACUGGAGGAAAGAGAGAGGGCAGUGGAGCUGUGGGAAGUACAGCCAAAACUUUCCAAAAUCUUGCAGCAAAGACCAGGUGUCCUUCCAGAUGGAUAAAAAAGAGCUAUGUACCAGUGACAUCUCAACAGUCAAAGAAGAGUUGUGUUUAAGAGAAAAGAAAAACGCUGUGGGGAAAUGGGAAUCAGUGCAGAAAACUGAGGCCCAAGACAGAGAGAAAGAUGACAUAGAGGCUAGCCAUAGUGAACUCAGGGAGCCAGCCGGUUGGCAAGGUCAGCGUGGGAUGCAGAAUUGCAGGCGAUGGGAAAAGAGCAAGAACAGAGAACAUGGAACUUAUCCUAAAAUGUCAAGAUGCCAAGGACAGUCCAGACCAAACUUAAGGAGAGAACCGCAUGGCCAGCAAGCUGAGGGUGGCUCCUAGCAGAUAAGAGUUGAAAUUUGAAGGAAGGUUUUUCCCUAGGGGAGAAUACUGAUGAUUUUGUUAUGCUUUCUGUUAGCCAUCUGCCUCUGAAUUAUUUAGGCAAAAACAGAGCUUUGGUAAAAUUCUUUGGUGGUGCAUGAGUGGCCUACAACUUGUUGAGUUGCAUGAGCUUUGUAAGUGGUGUGCUGUUCAGAAAAAUCAUAAUGGUGCUGAUGGAUUAUGGUGGUGAUUGACAAUUUCAAAGGCAAUAAAUAAUAGCCAAACAUUGGU